AUGUUGGAAAGUGCAAAUUUGGCUAAUCGACUAAUACAUGGACAAGUAACAAAUGCUCAAAAUGCUGAAGAACUCUAUCAAUUAAAACGUGAAAAUUGUAAUUUAAAAAAACAAUGUGAUGAAUUAAAACAAAUUCCAUUAGUCUAUCGUUCACAACAAUCAUUACCAUUAUCAGUACCUACAGGAAAUAAUAUCCAUGAAUUAACAGCACCAUAUCAACAAUCUGAUUUCUUGUCAUUACCAAUCCCUACAAUUACGAACAUAUCAAAAUCAGAUCAAUCAGACGAUGAAUUAAAGUAUUAUCGAUUGAAAGAAAGUGAAAUGAAUAUUGAAUUAAAACUACUUCAAGAAUCUGUCAAAAAAUUGAAUGACGAGAAUCGUCGAUUACAAGAAACACCUCAGAUUGAAAUAGCUUCAUUACAAGAAGAAUUAACUUUAGUCAAAAUGCGAGAUGCGGAAGCAAAUGUUAAUAUGAAUGAAUUGAAACAGAGAAUAGCCGAUUUAAAUAGGGAAUGGCAAAUACAUGAUCAGAAAUGUAAAAGUAUAUUCAAUAAACAAGAGCAAAUAUCAAAUCCACAAGAAUAUGAUUUAAUUGAACAUGAAUUAUUGACACUAAAAAUGCGUGAAGCACAAACAGAUUGUGAAAAUAAAUUAUUAUCACAAAAAAUCAUGGAUUCUGAAACACAGAAACAAGUUGCAUAUAAUCAAAUAAAACGUCAAGAUGACGAAAUUCAACGUGUCAAAUUAGAAUUACAAGAACAUCAGACAAGAGAAAGUGAAUUAAGAUCACAAAUCACCGAUAUCAAACAUCAAAUGAGAGAUUUAGAAAUUAAACAAAAAGAAGAUUCAAUGAUGAUUAAAAUUCGCGAUGCUGAAAGUACACAAAUGAUUGGAGAUUUACGACAAAAAAUUGCAGAAUUAGAAGUCCAGAAUCAAGAAUUAGUCACAACUGGUCAACUAUCUGAUGAUAGAGAUUUACAAGACAAAUUAAAUGAGUUGCAAGAAGAGUUGGAAAAAAGUCGAAUAACUCGCAGUUUAUCGUUACCAUAUAUGAGACGUACAAGUCUAGCCUACCUGUCAAAUAUUAAAACACAAUCCAUUAAUGAAAUUGAUAAUGAUGAUAUAAUGAAUUUACGUUUAAAAAAUGGUUCAUCAUCGGCCUUAUAUCGUCGUUACUCAGCAUCAAAUUAUCAGAAUGAUUAUGAAGACAGUGGCGAUGAAGACCACGAUGACUUAUUUUCAUCAACAAUUAAUGCAACUGCAAUUCAUCCCAAUUUAUCAAUAUUAUCACCAAAAUGUCUACAUUCCUCAUCUUCCUUAAAAUCGACUACUUCAAUAACAUCGCUUAAAACAAAUGAAAUACGAUUACCGUCACAAUCAAAUUUAGAUAAAACUGAAAAUACAUCAUCAUUUGUAUUAAAUGUUAAACCUGAUCAUUUGAACACUCGUUCUUCGUCAGCAUAUCAAGAUGAUUUUAAUCGAAACAGUGAUUUAGACGAUUCGGCACCAUCUGUCACUAGUUCUACAACUAACGAAAUAAUAUCUUCUCGACAAAUGUAG